UCUCGGGAUCUGAGACCGCACGUCAUGACAGGCCGACGUGGAAGAGUUCAUGGGGGGGAAAUAGCAGCUUAUCAACCUAAAGCGGAUCUUCGGAGGAGGAUUUAAAGAAGUAUCGUGGAAAAGAGAUGGCCCAAGAGGAACCGCUGUACGAUUUCCCGGAGCCUACCCAGUUUCCAGAGCGGAAGCAUCAUAGGGGACGGGCCUCUCUGAGAAGCAUCAGCGUGCUGGACCGUCUCCUGCUCACAGUUCCUGUUUGGUUCCAGCUGUCCAUCAACCCCGCCACCGCACUGCACAUACUGCAGAGGGAGCCCCCCGGGACCUUCUUGGUGCGCAGGUCUGGCACGUCUAAGAAAAACGUGCUGUGUGUCCGCCUGGCGGACGACAACGUGCCGUCCUUCGUUCAGCAAUUUGGCAUCAAGGAGGAACCGUCCAGUAAGACUAUGUCUCUGGAGAGUUCAACCAUCAGCUUUCCAGAUCUCCCAAGACUAAUUUCCUUCUACUGUGUCAGCAGAGACGUACUACGCUUCCCUUUGGAGCUUCCUGAAGCCAUUGCAAAGGCGACGUCCCACAAAGAGCUUGAGUCCAUCUCACACAUGGGAAUAGAAUUCUGGAAUUCCCACCUAAACGUCCGUGGGCCUCGGGAGGCACCGAAGCCCCAGAAAGACGUGGAGAUCAAGAAGAAGAAGAAGACAGACGGAGUGACCUCGGACCCGCCCGCUGCCGCCCCACAGACAAGUUCUGCAGCUGUGCCGGAUUCGGCCCCCAAGCCGGACUCGGGCAACCCGCUCGAGACGGGAACCCAAUCCGACCCUGAAGUCAAACGAGAAGGUUCGAAUCCCACCCUGUUCCACGAGUUCUGUCCGAUCACGACACGGGGCCCCCGAGAACUGGACUGUGGCUCGGGCCAGGGCGCGCUCUAUUUCAUCAACCCCCUCUUCCUGCAGUCCCUGAAUCCUCUCUGCAAACGCCGCAUGUUCAGCCGCAGCCUCAGGGUUCGGAUAUCCACGGAGUCUUCCAGCCUGCUUUCGCCCCCUCACGCCCCCCCGCCCCCACCGCCGCUAAUGCCCAAAACCAGAGGGAAAUGCAGCGGCCCGAGACGGGGACAGGGAACCACCCAUCCCGGCAAAACUGUGUGUCGGGGCGAGAACCCGGGGGACGCCGCUCGGAUCGAUCUCACGGCCCAGGACACCUUGCUGCUGCCUCCGGCAGAGAUCUGCAUCGUCCCCGGCGAGGCCCAAGUUCGGCUUCCAGCAGCGACGGCUCACCUCCAGCCCGAGGGGCAGGAGGUGAGCCGAGUCCAAACGGAAUCGGGCCCCGGCGACGCCGGAGUCCUCCUCAAUUUGGACCCCACGCAGGCCUCCCCGACAGCCGGUUUCUCCACUUUGCUCUCGCUCUCCCCUUACAUUUGUCCCACGGCACCUCUCCUUUGCCCCAAAGUCUCCUCGUCUCUCUCCCCCAAGGCUCCCGUUUCCCUCUCUCCCUACGACUCCCCCAGCGCCUCGCCCUCCCUUUCACCGUACCAGUCCCCCUCUCCUUCUCCGAAGGUCCCCUUCGCUCUCUCCCCCUUCACCUCUCCGUCCUUCCUUGGGCUGGAAAAGCAGGCCUAUCACACGCCGUCUUCAAGGCCCGACCCGGUGAGAACAGAGAGAGAGGCGGAGAAGGAAGAAACGGGUGCGGAUGAAGCCGAGGGUGACGAUGCCACAAAAGAGGAGCUGCACAAAAAGAGGGAAGAGGAGGAGAGGGGUUUGGUUUUACAGAUGAAGGCUGCUUCUCUAAAAGACACUGACGGUCUGCAGGGAGCUGCAGAGACUUCGCUCCACCAACAGGACAAGGCUACAAGCCUCUAGCCAACAAAACUUAUUAAGCGUUAUAAAGCACUGUGUAAAAAGACUAAACGUGAAUGUGGGGACAGCAUAUAACAUGCAUAUAAAAAUGAAAUCAUCUCUAUAACCUUUGGACAAAAUGUCUUUUAAAGCCAAACAUUUUAUUCACGAUUCUGGUUAUUUUUCAUGUUUCUAAAUAUUUUAGUUUAAACUGACACAAUAUCAGUAUUUUCUAAAAAAGGACACUCUAGACUUCUAGUCUGUGGAAGAUUAAAUUAAGAGGUUGUGUCAUUUACAAGGCCACUUCAUUUAGUGUUUUUUUGUUCUAGAGACAAUGUUCUGCUUCUUUGGAAGAAAACCUGAAUGGUUGACUCUGCACGUACAUUAGGAUCUAUAACAUCAUUAAAAUACAAUAAAAGUCAAUCUCAGAUUGGGGGUGAAUUGGAUGAUAACGGUUUAGUGGUUUGGUUGAAAAUAAAAUAUCUCUACCAUUUGUGCAGAUUUAACGUAGCCUUUGAACGUAUAGCACUUAGUUAGGCCUUCCAGACAUUUGAUACAGUCAAAUAACCACUCAGUUUUAUUACACCAAACUGAUGGAAAAGCAGAAUAAUACCUAAAGCUUUUUUUCAUGUCAAAUGUCAUGAAAAAAUUGUCGGAAUUAGAGUGAAAGAGAAAACUAGCCAAUCAAUUAGAAAGAUAGUCACCCUGGAGCCAUUUUUAUUGUCAGACAGCAUUGGUUUAAAAAUGACUCAAACUUGUCAUAGGAAAUAUGUCCUAAAUGCUUUUAAAAAAAGCAAUGGUGUGAAAUUAUCCA